AUGGGUGACUGCUGCGUUCGAGGCUUUCAGUGGGACGCCGCACCCAAAGGAAGGGAGGGUAAGCUCGCUGGCCGGGAUUGCUACAUCACGGGCUCGAACCAGAAUGCGGCUGUCAUGAUCAUUCACGACCUGUUCGGCUUCGGUGGAGAAAGCAUCCCAGUAGAAAUUCUGAACGACCAAAGCCGCUGGGCGGAGCUCGACCUCCCCUCCUUCCUGAAGCGCAACGCCAAGGACGUGAGAGCACCCGAGAUCUUCGCCUGCGCCGCGGAGAUGAAAUCCAACCACCCCCGCACGGGGAUCAUGGGGUUCUGCUACGGCGGCUGGGGCGCGUUCCAGCUCGCCGCCAAAGGGUUGGGCCUCGUCGACUGCGUGUCCGUGGCGCACCCGACGCUCCUCGAGCGCGAGGAGAUGGAAAAGGUGGGCGUGCCCGUGCAGAUCCUCGCGCCGGAGAUCGAUCCGCAGUUCACGCCGGAUCUCAAGGCGUUUUGCGAACGCUGUGAUUCCUACGUUGGGCCGGGGGAGAAGGAGGGCAUGGAGAGGGCCAAGAACGCGUCGGUGAUGUGGUUCCGUCAAUGGUUGCAGUAG